UAAUAAAUUUGAAGCACGUAAGCUGCAAAAGGUUCGCAAAUGCUCAGCAUCUUCAACUGGAAGCAGCCAAUACUUAAACAGAAAAAGAAACGGCUAAAAUCCCUGAAGAAAUGUCUGAAUCUCAACAAGAUGAUUUUAAGUUUACUGAAAAUGAUAAUCUUGGAUGCUUAUUUGAUAAACCCGCUACGGUAAAAACUAGAAAUAUUCUGCAGCUUUACCCUGUGUACUAAAUAGAUAUAAGAUUUCUGACAGAGUUGGUGCUGCAAUAGCUUCAGCGACGCUCCUUGAUGUUGGUGUAAUUAGUCAUAGACCAACGAGAGGCCUAUAUUUUGACGGGCGUAAAGAUCACACCAUUUCACUUUCAGAAGAUAGGAAACGUCGAACCUCCAGCGUUAAAGAACAUAUCGCCUUAAUUGAAGAACCGGGAUCCAAAUAUAUAGGUCAAGUGACACCCGCAUCGUCCAGUGCUUUUAAUAUUUUUAAAAGUAUCGAGGAUUUUUUUGAAACUUUUUCAAAACCAUCGAGUAAAAUAGAAGCUGCAGGUUGUGACGGAUCCAUUACUAAUACAGGAUAUAAAAAUGGUAUAAUUGUCCGUUUAAAGCCACAUAUUAAUGCUUCUGUUCAGUGGUUCUUUUUUCAGCUGCAUGCGAAUGAAUUGCCUCUGCGUCACCUAAUUCAGAACAUGAAUAGUGACACUUCACGUCCGAAAGUUUUAUCAGGAAUAAUAAUAAGACUGCGAAAAACUUCCACUGGUUAAUUUCACGAAAAUAAGUGUAAAAUUGCCAGAUGUUUCCAGGGAAAGCUUAAGCACAGAUCAGGCUAACCUAUUUAAUAUUUGCAAAUUAGUUUCUACAGGAUUUUCUGACCAGGGUCUGAUUAAAAGACAACCAGGAAAAGUACUUCAUUCCAGAUGGCUAACGACUGCUAAUCGGAUCUUAAGACUUUAUGUGUCAACCGAAAACCCAUAGCCUUGAGGUCCUAGUAAAGUUUGUUAUGAAGGUUUAUGUUCCAAUGUGGUUUAGAAUAAAAGCAAAACCAGCAUGCGUUUAUGGAGCGAAGCAUUUGUUUGAUACCAUUCAACUUUCACGAUAUCUACCUCAGGAUCUAAAAGAUGUAAUUGAUUCUGUAAUCCAGAGAAAUGGCUACUUUGGACACCCAGAGAAUAUGCUACUAGCAAUGCUAGCUGACACUAAUAAAACUAUGAGAGAAUUGGCGUUCAGGCAAAUUAUGAAAAUCCGCUCACAUUCAGAUCUUCAAACACAAGUUCGUACAUUUAUUCUGCCGAAGUUCAAUUUUGAGGCCGCUGACUUUUAUGAUCUUCUACUUCGGCAAGAAUGUGCCCUUACUAAACCACCGCUUUUGAGAAACGUAUCCGAAAACGAUUUAAUAAAGAUUGUUGAAAAUCCAUUUCAAUCUCUUAUUUUUAAGGAAAUAGCAGAGUUUCCGUUUCAUACUCAAGCAGUAGAAAGGACAGUCAAGCUUGUUACAGAAGCGUCAAUUUUUUCCAGGAACGUAAUACCAAAAUUAUACAAAAAAGGAGUUUUCAUUACAUAAGUCCCAUGACCCAGUCUUGAAAAAAAAGUAUAUCAUACCUUUUUUCAUUUUUAAUUAAUUCAUUUACUAAGCCAUAACCAACAACGUCAAAAAAUGCCAUUUUGAUGUCCUUUAAAAAUAAAGAGACAUUUUAUCACCCCUUUAAAAUAACCGUUUUAACAGGCCAAUUUAAAUGAUUCCUUUAAAAAAAUAAAGGAAAACUAGACCCCUAACUCUCUUAAAAUGAAUUAUUUAAAAAUAACUAAUAAGUUAUAUUUGACAAAUUGUCAUAGCGAAAAAGCAGUCACUAAUAAUUAGUCAAAUUCUACUGAAUGAAAUACUCAAAUUAGUAAAUUUAAAUUAA